GCACCUGAAUUAUAGAGCAACCAAUUCUCGUCACUGUGGUUUCAGUAUCAACUCCUCAAGAUAACUGUUCUCUGUCUCCCAGACCCGGGUGAUAUGGGUCAUGAGACCCAGACCCCUGCUCCUGCUGCUCCUGGGGGUCCUGGCGCUGACUGAGACCUGGGCUGACCCCCACAGCCUAAGAUACUUCCACACCGCCUUGUACGGACCCGGCCGCGGACAGCACCGGUACAUCGUCGACAUCUACGUGGACGACUCGGAGAUCCUGCGGUUCGACAGCGACGCCGCGAGUCCCAGGCUGCAGCCUCGGGUGCUGUGGAUGGAGCAGCUGUGGGUGGAGCAGGAAGGCGCACAGUUUUGGGAGGAGCAGACGCGGGAGAUCAAGCACAACGAACAGUGGAGCAGAGCGAACCUGAACAAGCUGAGCGCCCACUACAACCAGAGCGAGGACGUGUCCUCUGCUUGGCAGGAAGUGACAGGCUGCGUUGUGGAGUCGGAGGACCAGCGCUUCCUCCACGGAUUCAGUCAGUUCGCCUACAACGGCGCCGACUACGUCGCCCUGAACCAGGACCUGCGCGCCUGGAAUGCAGAUGCAGCCGCGGGGAUCAGCUGGAGCAACAUUGUGCGGGUCCCUGACGCAGACGUUCGGAGGGUCUUCCUGGAGGACACGUGUGUGCACCGGCUCCGCCUGCUCCUGGAAAAGGGGAAGGAGACCCUGCUCCGAGCAGACCCUCCAAAAACACUCCUGACCCACCACCCCAUCUCUGACCAUGAGGUCACCCUGAAGUGCUGGGCCCUGGGCUUCUACCCUGCGGACAUCACCCUGACCUGGCAGCGUGAUGGGGAGGACCUGACCCAGGACAUGGAGCUGGUGGACACCAGGCCUGCAGGGGACGGGAACUUCCAGAAGUGGGCAGCUGUGGCUGUGCCCCCUGGAGAGGAGCAGAGAUACACGUGCCAUGUGCAGCACCAGGGGCUGCCUGAGCCCCUGACCCUGAGAUGGGACCCCUCUCCUCAGACCACCAUCACCAUCAUGGGCAUUGCUGCUGUCCUGGGUCUCCUUGGAGCUGUGGCCACUGGAGCUGUACUGUGGAGGAGGAAGAGCUCAGGCAGAGGCAGGAAGAGCUAUGCUCAGGCUGCCUGCAGCGACAGUGCCCAGGCCUCUGAUGUGUCUCUCACAGCUCCUAAGGUGUGACAGAGCUGCCUUGUAGGGGACUUGGUGCUAAAACAGUCAUUGCAGCCUCCCCUUGGGACUUUAAGGAUCCCUGACUGCUGUUUCUGCAACCAGCAUCAGAAUGUGUCUGUGUUCUUAUCAGCAUCAUGUGAGGAGGUGGUCACCAGACCACUCACCCCACAGGGACCUGUGUCCUCUCCCCUGGGUCCUGUCCUGUCCUAGCAGAGCUGGGGUGAGACCAUCCCCAUCCUGCUCAUUCCUCGGCUGGGUUAUCUCUAUUGCUCCUUUGUCCUUGCUGCUUCAGGAGAACCUUGUGCCACCAGGACCUGGGAUCCUAGGGACUUGAGGGUCACCCAGGGCUUGUGAUAACUCCAGGACUGUGCUCAGUGAGGGCUUCCUGUGGCCACAUCAGCCUGAGCUCAGGCCUGGGUCUGUCCUCAGCCUGUAUCUUUUGGUUAUUUGCUGUUUCUUUGUUAUUAUAGAUACUGUAACUAUUCUGGCUUUUUAAAAAUAAAAGCAUUGUAGUGUUUCUAUUAAA